GAAGGAACAAGUUUCACUUUUUGUUUGCUUUUUGUAGUUUAUGGAAAUUAGUAAUCGUCUACUAAAACAUUGUUGCAGUUACCAUAGAUAAUGGCAACAGAAAACAGCACACCAGAAAGAGAUGUAAAGGACUUUAAGUUCCAGCAACUAUGCAAGAUCAGAAUAUCGCCAUCAUCUGGCGAAAUUAAAACCGAUCGUUUGCAAUGGCUGGCUACCUCUAGCCGAUUUGGUUUCACCUUUAUUGGUGAGAAGUCAGGUUUCCGAGUGAUCAAGACUAACACUAUAUUGCUUUUGGAUCAAGAACAUGCUAAAGAUCGAAGUAGCCAUAUAAUUGAAGACUUUCCAGUGUGGUGCACAGUCGAAUUAUCUGCCCAUGUCAGCCAUCUUGCUUUGAGUUGUGAUGAACUUACAUUGAUUGUUGCUGUAAAGGAAUGUGCAAACUUGAUUCUGUUGGCUUAUGAUUUACGAGGUUUUGCAAAUCAAAAUGCCAAACCAUUACCGUUCCAAAAGGUUAAGCUGAAUGCGUCGCCAGGAUCCACGUUACUCGACCUGGCAUGGAACCCUGGAAAUCCCCUGAUGCUGGCCACAUGCGUGUCUGACGGCAGCGUGGAGCUGUUUGAAAUCAAAGAAAAUCUCAACAUCGUGGCCUCUCUUCCUGUGUCCACAUGUGCCACCUGUUUGUGUUGGAGUCCAAAAGGCAAGCAAAUUGUUAUUGGACUAAAAGAUGGCUCACUUAUUCAGUUUGACCAAGAACUGAAAGCUAAAAAGAAAUGGGGAUGCCCAACUGUACUAGAAGGACCACAACAGGUGGUCGAUGUGGCCUGGCUGUCAACCUAUAUGUUUUUAGCAGCGUACGUGCCUGCAAAUCCUCAGGAUUCAGACCAGCCAGUUGUUGUUCUCACCAUAUGCUCGAAAGAGGGAAACACACAAUACUUGAACUAUGAAGAUGUUUGCUAUGGAUCUGGUGAAAACAGAAAGCAUAAAUAUUACAUCAGCUUUGUCCAUCAAUGGGAACUGGCUGUUAUAGCAUCCAGCAAUGCUACUGAAACUAGUGUUGUCGGCAAAAAUCUGGAUCAAAAGACUAACUGGGAGCACUGGACUCUAGAGGAUUCUGGCCGUGCUGAACUUCCACUAGCAGACAGUGACUGUGAUUCAUUCCCUGUAGCCAUGGCAAUUGACUUCUCAUCUCAGAUGCAGAUUUCUUUGGGAGAUAACAAGACUCACCCACCAUGUCCCAUUGUCCUCCUCCUGUCAACAGACGGACUUCUGGUUCCGUUUCACAUGAUGUAUAUGAGACCUGACAUUGCGAACUUGACCCAGCCACCUGAACCAUUGCCUUCCUCGGGAGACAGAACACCUCAAGGACCACCGGCACAAGCUAUAACAACCGCAUCAACAACAGUUAAAACAGGUUUACCGUUACCUUUCGGACAGAAGCCAUUUGGGUCUGCAGCAGCAACUGCUACCACAACAUCAGGCUUGUCUUUGCCUUUUGGACAAAAGACUCCAGCACUGCCAGCUGCAGCUGCAGCAACAUCAACAGCAGAAUCAUCUUUGGCCUCUGGACAGAAGUUGCCACUGCCACUGCCAAAAGCAGCUCCAAUUGGCCAGACGUCAAGACAACAGCAGUCGGGGCAGGUGACCUUGAAUAGUGAUUCUGGUGCUAGUAGCACACCAAGUAGACCUGGUACAUCAACUGCUGCAACAGCAUUUGGACAGGGCCAAACGGCAGCAGCAGGGACAACAGCGAGCAAGUUUGGUCUUCCCACAACAGGCAACUCGUUCCAGUUUGUGACGAAACCUGCACAGCAGACGAAUCAGACUCCAAACUCUACAGUUGGAACCUCGCAAGAAUUUUCCCUGAAAAGUGGACAGUUGGUGACAGCCAAGUCGAGCGAUCAAGCCAGCAAGCCAGCGGCCUCCACUGGGCUGAGUUCAGGAACAACGGGGUUUACCUUUUCUACACAGCCCUCCGCCACUAAAGCUGGCCAGGCAAUGUCAGGUAGUGGGCCAUUGUUUCAACAAACGAAGCCACAGAACAGUCAGACAGGAUCGUCUUCAGUGGGACAAAGUUUCAAGUUCACAUCUCAGGCACAAAGUGAAGCCAGUGCUGCUGUAACCAGUACACAACCAUCGGGUCCUCCAGCAUCCUCUAGGGUCGUCGUGCCACCAGCUGUGUCGACUAUCCCAGAACCAGACACUGUCAGCGAACCCGUCUCUACAACAACACCAGCUUCUACUGAAGAAGAUGGUGAGGAUGCUGAAACCCUGAGACAAAGAACGCAAUCUGCCAAUGAAGCCAUUGAGAAUACAUUCUCUAAGAGCAUAAUUGAAGAGAUGACUGACUUCAUGAAAGAACUGAAAGCCCACAAGCAGAGUGUAAAAACUGGCAUAGGCCAUGUGGGUACACAGGAAGAAAUGCAGAAACUGAGGCGGGCGACAGAUGAAAUGUCCCACUUCUGUAAUGGUAUUAAGGACACCACAAAGGAUCAAAGCCGUGAAGUUCAUGAUCUCAAGAUAAUGUGUAUGGACCUGAUUACCAUGGCGGAGGAGUGCCGAGUGCGACAGCAGCGUAACACCGACACCAAGUAUCACCAGCUGCUGAGGUCAUGUGCCCUCGAUCCCGCUAGCGCUGAGAAGCUGCGUGACCUCCAGCAGCAGUAUCAGCUGCUACAGCAGAGUCUGCAGGAAGUGGAUCUAGUGCUUGAUGCUCAGUGGGACGAGUACAAGAGGAAGAAGGCUAGUAAAGGGAGAAUUCAAACUCCAACUAGAGACUCAAUUUAUCGAGUUGUGAAAAGCAACUGCAAUCUGAUUGAGGGACAGAAGAACUUGGUCGACAACUUGCAGGAACAGCUGAAAUGUCUGAAGCUGUACAAUCGGUCUGCCAGCUGGCAAAACACAAACAACUCUUUCAGCUCAUCAAACUCUGGUCCUGAUCUGACGUUACUUGUUGAAUCACUCGAUGAGCAGAAACCCAGGAGCAGCUCAUCACUUAAUCUGAGUCAGUCUGUCAGUAUAUCUCCAGAGAAACAAGCAAAGCUCCGGGAAUACCUUUCAAGGAGGGCCGUACCCAAAGUUAAAUCCACUGUACCAGCAAAUUUAUCGAUGUCCAAGAUUGUAGCAGCACGAGGCCUUCGAGAAGCUUUGGCAGCGGCAGAAGAUGCAAAAUCUAAUAAAAUUACUCUUCCUGCACCAACACCAUCACCGAGUCGGCCUACUUCUCGAGUUGUGCCACCAACGUCACCGACUCCGCCACAGGUGACACAGCCACCAAAAUCACAAGCACCAGCACGGCAGGCUCCACAGGCCCAGCCACAAUAUACAACGCCCACCCUACCCAAGAGUACAGGUUUAUCAUUGUUCGGUCCAACAGCUUUCACUGGUCAAGCAUUCUUUAAGAAGCUACAACCUUCUACGACAUCUACAGCAACACUGACACCAUCUUCAGUGACUACAACAGUGGCAGCAUCUGCAUCCUCGAUAAUGUCACAACAGCCCAGUACAGCUGGAUUUAGCACUGUUGAUAAGGCCCCAUUGCCAUAUAAAACACCAGUACCAUCAGUUGUUCCACCUCCGAUGCUGCAAGUUAUUACUGACCAAACCACACAGAAUGGUGCGCAGUACGAAGACGUUUCUCCGGCAAAUACCCCAGAUUUGGAGAGUGAGGACCAGGAGGGCUUCACUGGAGAAGAUGAGUAUGAAGAUGAAGAAGAAGAAUAUGACGAGGAUGAUGAAGACGAUGAUGAUGACGAUGAAGAUGAAGUUGGAUUUGGACCAGGGUAUGAACUGGGUAGUGACUCUGUGAGGACCACACAGUCGGAUGACGCGAGGAGAAGCCGACCUGAUGAGGAUUCCAGUCUUCUAAUAUCCCAGAAUCCACCUGCUGCAUCUGAACAAGUCUCCAACAAUCCUGUUGCCAGUAAAAACCUUUUUGUUGGAGGAGACACUUCAGGCUCUGGUUCUCUCGGUCCAACAAAGACACAAACGUUUACAUUUGGUGGUAGCCCUGGUUCUGGGAUGGAAAGUAAGCCGUUGUUUGGUUCGUUGUCGAGUAACAAGGACACCACAACAACAGAAGCGGAGAAGUCUGCUGACAAAUCUGUGUCUGGAGCAUCAGCUGGGAAGGAUGCGAAGUCGUCUGCAUCAGGUUUCUCCUUUCUGAAUGUGUCUGUUCCAUCCACCCAGUCCUCUAGUGGAGGCUUUUCAUUCAAGACUGCAAACACCAGUACCAGUGGAUUCAGUUUUGGCGGUGAUGUUGGAAUCUUUUCUUCCACAGCUUCGGGGAAGUCUGAGCCAUCCAAAUCUUCUUCAUCUGUAGUGUCUGCAUUUGGAGGUGGUUUGUUUGGAGGGUCGUCGCCGACUACAGCAUCUCCUGCAGAUACAAAUGUCGAUUCGACCACUGCGUCAUCGGCACCAGGCUCAUCCUUUUUGACUCCUGAUUCGAACAAAGGAGUGUACCAGCCAACCGAUACAAGCAAGUCUGUCCUGACUAUUACUGGAUCAUCUGCCGAGAACGACGACAGAAGUAGUGCUUCAGGUCUUGUUUCCAGUACUACAACAACGGUGGAAACAUCAGCAGGAGCAACAACCGUGACAAGUGUAACACCUGCCCAGCCAGACUCCCAAACUACCACCACUUCCAGCAGUGCACAGCCGUCGAUCCUAGAGCGUUUGCUCGGACGGCCACAUGCCACAACCACCGGCGGAUUUGGACAACUACCGACACUGGGCGGUUUGCUUGACAAAACAUCGACUACUACAACAGCACAGACAACUCCAGCUCCAGUGUUUGGUGGAGGCGAUACAGCGCUGGGAUCGUCCAGUCCCUCAUCAUUUGCUGCUCUCUCGUCUAGUACCACAUCGUCUUCUUCGUCUGCAUUGACAGCCACUUCAGCAUCACCAACGUCGUUGUUUGGAUCGGUGUCAACAACCGCAUCAAUGUCUAUUUUUGGCGGGUCAGCAGCAGUCACUACUGCAGCCUCUGGUUUUGGUGCUGGAACAUCAUCUGUCUUUGGAGAAACCAGUGCAUCAGCUAAUUCUAUUUUUGGAGGAAAUACAACAACAACAACAACAACGUCAUCGAUGUUUGGAGGCACUACAGCAACUGCAACUGUGUUUGGUAGUAAUGCUACUUCGUCGUCCCUGUUUGGAGGAAACAGUGUCAGCACUCCAUCUAUGUUUGGUAGUACUCCAUCAACCACGUCAUCUGUGUUUGGUGCCCAGCCAGCAUUCGGCAGCUUUGCUGUAUCAUCUCCAGGUCAAGGGUUUGGUACCUCAGUUUCAGCUGUCACUGAAGGAAGUGUAUUUGGUGGUGGUGGUGGUGGUUUGUUUGGGGGACUGGGAGGAAAGCCGAGUGCCGAGAAAGCCAAUACUAAUGUGUUCGGAGGGAACCAGACAUUUGGAGCAGCUGGUGAAUCACAGUCAUCUCUGUUUGGCAAGAACACACAAACAUUUGGUUCACAGAAUGCGUCGUCUACGGUGUUUGGAUCUGGCAGUUUUACGUCAGGCGGAGGCUCUGUAGCGUCAAGUGGAUUUGGGGUGACCCAAUCUCAGCCACCGUCAGUAGGUUUUGGUGACUCUUCAACUUUUGGUGGCAGUCCAGCUUUUGGGGCUACAGCAGCAUUUGGCAGCAAAACGGCUUUUGGCAGUAGUCCUACAUUUGGUGCAUUUGCAUCACCAUCCUUCUCAAAUCCAGUAGGAUCAGUAUUCGGAGCAUCAUCCACGGUUUCGGCACAAGGAAGCAAUUUUGCAAGUUUUGCUGAAAGCUCCAGCCCAACGUUUGGUGCUUUGGCCCAGUCAUCGGAUGUUCCUUUGUUUGGAGACAUGGCUCAGAACAAUACAGCUUUUGGAGGAGGCACUGGCUUCGGUUCGACAUCUCCAGCACCACCAGCAUUUGGAGCUCCUGCUUCUCCCCAAAACACGAACUUGAGUCCACAGUUCACCAGCUAUAGAGGAUAACUCUACAUUGGACCGACUGAUGAUGGAAGUUUAUGAAACAUUUCAGCUACACCCCUAACAUAUAUCUCUCAUCGAACUAUUAUUGCUAUAAUAAUUGCAUUGAAUUUUAUACCACUGUUAUUAGAACAUUAUUUAGUCAAAAUAUGUUCCCAAAUUUGGUGUACUGUUAAAGGAAAGGGUUUUUUUUUUAUUAUUCUGUAAGUCGAAAAAAUAAUGCAAGCGAUAUGACUUACGUACAUGUAUUGGCACAUUUUGGUAUGAUGUAUUAAUUUUUACUGAUAAGUGAUAAUGCCACAAAGUUUAAAGAUAAAAGAAUAGAUUUGUGUGCAUAUAAAACAAGCAUUGUUUUAUGUUAGAGAGUAAAUGUGUUAUGUAUUAGAGAAAUUAAAGUAAACAAAUGAACAAUAAGUGUGUGAUGUUGAAGUUCCUCACCAUUUUAGCUGCACAACUCACAAUGCACUUGAUGUGAAUCAAGGUGCAUUGAAUAUGGUUUCUUCUAGUUGAUGCUACAUCAACUUUGGUUACAAAUGCUUCGAUGCAUUUCCAACACAUUCCUCAUCUGUAUGUGGAAAUUGUAAUUCACUUUCAGUUCUGAUCAGUUGUAUAUUUUGGUGUGUCAAAUUGUUAGUUGUGAAUGUCAGAAUAUGGUUCAGUUUGGUUUGAGUUAUGACCUCAUGUCAUACGAAAGCAAUAAUGCAGCACCAGUCAUCAUGUUAUUUGAAAGCAGUAGGUCCUUCCUAUUAAAUCGUAACCAUAUUUGAUGUAUGCAUGCCAAUUAGCUUCGAUGUUAUUUCACAGCUAGUUUUUCAACAGGUAGUGUCAUAAAAUCCACUUGAUUUUUAGUGUGUAAGUGGCAUAGUUUAAUUUAUAUUAAAGUAACCUUAAUAAAAACAACUCUAUCUUUUGUGUUUGAUGUGUGAACUUUUUAAAAUUGCCAGAUGUAUCAAUGAAAAUAUGCAUUU